AGAUUGAAACCACAAACAUCGUGUGGAUUUGUCAUUGUUCGAAUUUUACAAUAUCAUGGACAACAAUGGCAGUUCCCACGAACCUAAUAACAACAAGAGGGGAAUUCCAUUCCUUGUUUUCUUCAAAGACGCAAGACUUAUUUUCAAGCUGGAUGCCCUUUCUCGAGAGAUAUUAGGGAUUGCAUUCCCUGCUGCACUAGCUGUUGUUGCUGAUCCGAUUGCUUCUUUGAUAGACACAACAUUCAUAGGCCACUUGGGACCGGUAGAGCUUGCUGCUGCAGGAGUUUCCAUUGCUUUAUUCAACCAAGCUUCAAGGAUUACCAUAUUCCCUCUUGUCAGUAUUACAACUUCCUUUGUGGCUGAGGAAGAUACUAUCCAAAGGUUGAUUAACAAAGAAACUGAAACUGAUAACAUAGAAAAUGAAACAAUAACCAAAGAAAAUGUUGAGGCUCCAAAAAAGUUCAAGGGGGAAACCGACGAAUCAAACAAUGUUGUAGCGAAGAGUACUUUUACAUCUGGGGAUGUGGAAAAAUUAGCUACAGGGAACAUGGGCAUAAAUAAUGAAAAUGUUACAAGUAGUACCAAAAGCAAACCCAAAGUUGGAAAGAAGCGCAUUGCUUCAGCAUCAACAGCGUUACUUUUUGGCACUAUUCUAGGCCUCCUUCAAACUGCAAUCCUCACAUUUGCAGCCAAACCUCUUUUAUAUGCAAUGGGUCUAAAACAUGAUUCUCCUAUGCUAAUUCCAGCAGAGAAGUAUCUAAGAUUGAGAUCAAUUGGGUCACCUGCUGUUCUUCUCUCCUUGGCCAUGCAAGGAAUCUUUCGAGGGUUCAAGGACACAACAACUCCUUUAUAUGUGAUCGUUUCUGGAUAUGCGUUCAAUGUCUUACUGGACCCAAUACUUAUUUUUUAUUUGAAAUUGGGCCUCAAAGGUGCGGCCAUGGCACAUGUUAUCUCCCAGUACAUGAUGGCAAUCACCCUCCUUUUGUUGUUAAUGAAAAGAGUACAUCUCGUACCCCCAAGCAUAAAGGAUUUGCAGAUUUUCCGAUUUCUUAAAAAUGGUGGUCUAUUGUUGACAAGGGUAGUGUCAGUGACAUUUUGUAUGACCUUAGCAGCAUCAUUGGCAGCAAGGCUAGGUUCAAUUCCUAUGGCUGCAUUUCAACCUGGCCUACAGAUUUGGUUGGCAUCAUCCCUUCUUGCUGAUGGUUUGGCUGUGGCAGUACAGACAAUGCUAGCUUGUUCCUUUGCUGAGAAAGACUAUAACAAGGCAACUGCUGCUGCAACACGGACACUACAAAUGAGUUUUGUUUUAGGCGUGGGGCUCUCUUUUGCAGUUGCACUUGGGUUAUACUUUGGAGCUGGAAUAUUUUCCAAAAACGCUAAUGUUGUGCACUUAAUCAAAAUAAGCAUGCCGUUUGUUGCAGCUACUCAACCAAUCAAUUCAUUGGCCUUUGUCUUUGAUGGUGUCAACUAUGGGGCAUCCGAUUUUGCAUAUUCUGCCUAUUCUUUGGUUUUGGUGUCAUUAGUAAGCAUUCCUAUAGAAAUCCUUCUCUUCAGGAGCAAACAAUUCGUUGGAAUAUGGAUUGCACUAACCAUAUAUAUGAUUCUUCGUAUGUUAGUUGGUAUAUGGAGGAUGGGAACAGGGACAGGACCAUGGUACUAUCUUAGAAAAGGACCAUGGUGUUAUAUGAGAGGCCACUCAUUGCCAUAGAGUAUUGAUCUUAUCAACAAGGAGCAACACAUGUUUUUUUUUUAUCAAUUGUCUACACUUAGGAUCUAUAUGGGUCCUAUUUUAAUAUUUUCCAUUAGCUUUGGUUAUACGUUGUAAUAAACUUAUAUCUUGGACUGCUCCACAUGAAUUAUGUUAUGCCUCCUACCCUGUUUCCUCCCUUUUUGAGUUAUUAGAUAUGUAUCCUAUAUAAACUAUAAAUAUUGAUUAUGUUAUUUAUAUAAAAUUUUGCUUCCCAUUA